UGAAGCAAGAGGAUCAACAGGCAGCCUGGCAAGUUGUAGCUCUCUGUGCUACAAACUCAAGACUUUUGAAAAGUGUACAAAGAAUUGGGAAUAACUUUGGUUACUUUUCGAUCAAGACAACUCACUGUCAUGUGGAUAUACUUCAGCAGACUUCUGUUGUUGAUGCUCUAAACAUGGCAAGUCUCUCAGCACGGAGCCAAGGGAGACUCUCUGGAGAGGAUUAUCAGGAACAAGAACUAAAUAGACUUUCUGCCGUAUAGAGAAGAAAUCACCUGCAAAGAUGAACCCUGAAUCUCUGGACUCGUCCAUCCAGAGCGCCCUCUCGGCCCUCUUCCCUCCUUUCGAGGCCACAGCUCCCAUCGUCCUCUGCCAGCUGUUUCGCACCAUAGAGGAACGUUACUACGGUGAUGCUUUACAGUGUCUGCUGGACUUCCUCAUUCCCUCAAAACACCUGCUGGAGAGUGUUCAACAGGCAGCAUGUGCUGGAUACUCUGAUGUGGUUUUUCGCUGUGAGGGCUGGCCUCUGUGUCUCCAUGACAAAACCGUCAUCCAGUUAGCACCUGUGAACCCUCUGCUGCUGCGUCCUGGAGACUUCUAUCUGCAGGUUGAGCCUUUCGGGGAACAAGCUGCUCGCGUUGUCCUCAAAAGUCUUCUGGAGGAGGGCUGUCGAGAAGUGGAGGAGACCCCUGUUCCUGAGACUUCCUACCCCUGCAUCUUCACUGAGGAAUGGCUGCAGGAAAUCAAUGAAGGACGCCAAGGAACUCCUCUUUCCCGUUGCUUACUUUGCACGGAUCAAGGAGUGAUCAAGUUGCCCUGGGCUGAAAUCGCCAACCCAGAGUUUUUAGACAAGCCAAAAAUCUUGCCCACGUAUCGAGAAACUCCUCCUGAGCCAAAACAGAUCUCUGUUCCUUCCCAUUUCAACUCCUCCACCCUCCCGAUGGAAGCCAUGUUUUGUCCUGCCAAAGACAGGAUGACAGCUUCGUUCAAAACGGUGGACUGCUCUUCCAAACUCGUCAAAAUGGAUCAUGAAAGACGAACCCCAAAAUCCUGUUCCAGACCUUUAAUCAAACCUGUGGGUUGGGUUUCUCCUAAUACUUGGGACAAUCAUAAUUAUCGAGAGAUUGAAGGUGAUUAUGUGGAUCUGGUGGAUAUUGCCAAAGGGAAGAGGUUUGUGGAUAAACAGAGCCAUCCACAUCCACCCAAUUCAGUAUUGUUUAAACCUGUCAGACCACCACCACCUGUACCACUUAGGAAUAAUGUUCCCUGUGAAGGCACCCUUCAGUAUGCAGAGGAGCCUUGUACACCGUGCAGCCAGGGAAGGCUUGAGCCUGAGUCAGCUGACCAAGACUUGAAGUGUAGGUACAGAGAAUCUUACGUGGCAGCACUGAGAAACCCAGUCGCUUUUGAGAGGGGGAGUGUGGAGCUCCUGGCUGCCUUGGAGGAGGUCAGCCUUUGUGAAGAGACAGAGUUAGGAUCCAAAGGAGCAUUUGAAGCUCAAAGAGACAAACUUGGAAACUUUUGUAACCACUGUAAUAAACCUGUGAUGAGUAACAAGCGCUGCCAAUACAGACACUGCUGUGAACCAACACCAGAGGCCUUUGCAUCUCAACUCAAAGAUCUUCCUACCAGUUCUGAAUCGGAAGACGUCAUGAAGGAAUCCCCCAAGAUCUUGAAAUCAACACCUGGUUUGAGCCAUAGUCACAAAAUUCAGAUGAAACUUAUUUCCCAACAGACAGCACAUAAUGCUAGUGCGCACCCAGGGUCAGGCGGUGAUAAUAAAGCUCUUCAGAAAGUGGAGGUUGUGACGCCAUCGGGAAAUCAAAAAGUUAAGGUUAGGUCUCUGUCCACGGUGUCAGAGACUUCCAAAGGGAGUCCACUUCUCUAUAAAGUCAACAACAGAAGCCACAGUGAUAUCUGCCCUGACACAAUCACAAGCAUCAUGCAGAGUAAGAAAGGUGAACUGUUGGAUCAAGUGACUUUGAAGCUGGAAAGACUGAAGUCCUCUAAAAAAGACUGCCAAUCAAGUAAGAGUGAAAAUCCCUUCACUGCAGAUGGACCAGAAUCAAAACUCAAUUUCUCAAAGAUAGAAAGGCCAUCUCCUCAACAAGUUCAACUUCCGUCUGCAAGUUCUGACGCUCCUCAGCCUCCAAAGACUGAGGACUCGUGUUUCAGACGCAUCGGUGGUCUGUUUGGACUCGGCCUUAUUUGUUUACCAGGCAGUAGGGACCGAACAGGAAGAGCAGUGCUGGAGGUCCAUGGUGGCAACGUGGAGUGGACAUCCCCUCUUUCAACAGCCCAGAAUGUCUGUGAAUUACUGCUCUACUUACACGCCAUACCAAGGAAAGAAGUUCGAGAGGUAGGAAUGACUUUGGUCAUCAAUGCCAGGAAGAAACCUCCUUCACUUCAUUUUUACAAAGCUCUUUUGAUGGCCCAGGAGCAAGCUCUCCAUGCUGUCCACAGUAUCGUGCUACUGGUGGAUAAGGACACUUGUCCACGACCUGAAAAACAGCCAGGGUUACAGAUGGAAAUUGUGACUUCAAUGAAAGCCCUCAACAAGAUAGUUGAAGCUUCCCAGCUGACCUCUGACCUGGGAGGGACCUUUACGUACAGUCACUCCGACUGGCUGCAGUUUCAUCAG